AUGGCCUCCCCAGCCGCCUCCAUUCCGGACAGCCAGCUCGGCCUGACCCAGGGCGAAAUCCAAACCCUCCGCUAUCACCAGCAGGUCGCCCUCUCCCAGCAUGGCGGCUCUUCGUCGCGCGCCGCCAGCCAGGCCUCGUCUCAAGGCCGUCUGCUGCUCGAUCCGUCCAGCCUGCAGGCAUUGAGCACCCACUUUGACCGUCUACUGCACAGCAUCCAGCAGCGCUGGUCCCAUCUCUCCGAACAGACCCAGUCUGCCACUGCCAUGCAGUACGACCGCGCCGGAAACCUCAUUUCUGAUGCCGACGCCCAAAUCGCCCGCUUCCACGAGAUCCUGCGCCAGAUCGACGAGCUCCAGGUCGAGUUCGACAAGAUCCGCCGCAUUGGGGAGAUAGUCAAGGCCUACCGCCGCCGUGUUGAACACCUCGACCGCCGCGUCGGCCGCUAA